UACUUAGGCACCGAGGACACUGAGGGGUCAGGCCCUUCAGAGGUUCACACCUUGUUGACACCACGUCAGGCACGUCCCACAUGCCUUUCUGAUCCUCUCGGCCCUUUUGGCCACAUCUCCUGACCUCCGUGAGGAGGGCCCUGUGGUGAGUGGCGUGCGCUUCCUGUUACAGGGGUCAGUGGCGUUCAGGGAUGUGAUUGUGGACUUCACCCCGGAGGAGUGGCAGCAGCUGAAGCCUGCGCAGAAGGACCUGUACAGGGACGUGAUGAUGGAGACCUACUGGAACCUGGUGUCGCUGGACUUGGAGACUAGUCCUGACCUGAAAGAAUUGGACCCACAGGAGGACAUUUGGGAAGACAGACCAUCCUCUGCAGUCGUGGCAGAAGGACCCAGGAGGGAUGGUGCCCAGGAUUCUGCCUGUGAAGGAGCUGGGACACAGGGUGACCUGGUAGGGUGGCGACAGGGGAGCUCAGGGACUUCUCUGGGGUGCUUGGACAUGUCCCAAGUGUUAGCCCAUGAAUGUCGUGAAUUUCAGGCAUUUGUCCACCGAAGCCCCUUGCCAGACCCACUGAGACCUGAAGGACUGGGAGGAGCAGGGACGCACCAGUUCACUGUGUGUGGGAAGGACUCAGGUACUUCAAGCCUCAGUCCUCCCUCCAGACUCUGUGCAGAGAAGAAGCCCUAUGAGUGCAGGGACUGUGGCAAGGCCUUCAGCUACAACUCCUCCCUGAAAGAGCAGCAACGAAUUCACACCGGGGAGAAGCCCUUCUCGUGUGCCACAUGUGGGAAGCAGUUCACCUGGCUCCCUUCCCCCACCAUCCACCAGCAUGUGCACAAGGGGGAGAAGCUGCUUGCCUCUAGGGACUGUGGAAAGGUCUUCAGCAGGAGCAAGUGCCUCAUCAUGUACCAGAGGACUCACAGAGGUAAGAAGCCUUUUGUGGUCCCGGAGUGCAGCAAGGCUUUCAGCCACAACUCCUCGAUCAAGGAUCAACGGCGUGUACACACUGGGGAGAGGCCGUAUGCAUGCGUAGACUGUGGCAAGGCCUUCAGCCAGAACAAGCACCUUAUUGUGCAUCAGAGCACUCACACCGGGGAGAAGCCAUACAUGUGCAGGGACUGUGGCAAGGCCUUCAGCCAGAACAAGUACCUCACCGUGCACCAGAGGACACACACUGGUGAGAAGCCAUUCACAUGUGUAGAGUGUGGCAAGGCCUUCAGCCAGAAGGCACACCUCAUGCGUCACCAGAGGACGCACACUGGGGAGAGGCCAUACAUGUGCGGGGACUGUGGCAAGUCUUUCAGCCAGAAAAAGCAUCUCAUUGUGCACCAGCGAACACACACAGGCGAGAAGCCGUUCACGUGUCCGGAGUGUGGCAAGUCCUUCAACAGGAGCUCGUCUCUCAGGCUGCACCUAGGGACCCACACGGGUGAGCGGCCCUACUCAUGUGGCCACUGCGGCAAGGCCUUUAGCCAGAAUGCCUACCUGAUCGAGCACCAGCACAUCCACAUGGGGGUAAAGCCCUUGGGGUGCAGUGUUUGCGGCAAGACUUUCAGCAAGAACUUCUUACUCAUGCAGCACCUGCGCGUGCACACCGGCGAGAAGCCCUACAAGUGUGGCCAGUGUGGCAAGGCCUUUGGCUGUAACUCAUCUUUGAAGACGCACCAACGAAUCCACACUGGGGAGAAGCCAUACGAGUGCAGGGAGUGUGGCAAGGCUUUCCGCUAUAGCUCGUGCUUGAAGAAUCACCAACGGAUCCACACUGGCGACAAGCCUUAUGAGUGUGGGGAGUGCGGCAAGGCUUUCCGCUACAAAUUGUGCCUAAAUAUGCACCAACACAUCCACACUGGGGAGAAGCCAUACCAGUGUGUGGAAUGUGGCAAGGCUUUCAGCUGUAACUCGAUCCUGAAGAAGCAUCAACAAAUCCACAUGGGGGAGAAGCCCUUCUUGUGCACCUCGUGCGGGAAGCAGUUCACCCAGCAGUUGAACCUCACCGUCCACCAGCGCAUGCACACUGGGUAAAGCAUAAGGUGUGUGGCGACUAUCGCACGGCCAUCAGCAGACGGCUCAGCUCACUGUGCAACGAGGAUGCAAAAUGGGGAGGAGCCAUACCAGUGCGCCCUGUGCGGGCGCGCCUUCAGCCAGAGCAUGCACGUGAUGGAGCACCAGUGGACACACGGGGUGAGAAGCUGUUUGCGUGUUCGGAGUGCAGCGAGGCUUGCCGCCAGAACGCCUGACUGAUCCAGCACCAGUAAUUCCAAAAGGGAGUGAAGACCUGCCGGUGUAGCCUGUGUGGCCAGACUUUCAGCCAGAACUUCUUCCUCAUGUAAGGACUGUGCUUGCACGCCAGAGACAAGCCCUGCAAGUGCUCUGUCUGCCAGACGCACCUCGCAGGGCUCCUUCCUGCGGCUCACUGCCACGCCCGCGUGAAGCCCCACAGGUGCAGCUGGUGUGGCAAGGCCUUUACUAAGGACUUGCUCACCCUGCACUAGAGGAUCCACAGGGCAAAGAAGCCCUGCGAGUGUGGCAAGGGAGAGAAGACAUUUAGGCUGAACAUCUACCUCAGGGACACCUGAGAGGGAUGCGCCUGUAUUGGGGGUGGGGCAUGGGAUGUCAUCAUUCACACCCAAUAGGGUGGUCCUUAGCCCAUGGGUCACUGCCAGGCUCGACAUUGGAGCACACAGGUAGGACUUAAGAGGGGUCCAGUCCACAUGGGUAUUAGGCACGUGGACUCUGGGGAGAGGCCACACUGUACACACAAGCUGCUUCCAGAGCGUCUGCAAGGCCGUGAGGACAGCAAGCCCCCGGCGGGGCCAGGGGCACUGUGGCUCCAGACUGGGCUCAGGUAAACUGACACACGAGCUGAGAGAACACAGUUAGUGUCUCUGGGUCUCCAUCUCCUGGACAGUAAAGACGGAGAGGGGAGGGAGAGAGGAA